AUGGAGAGUAAUAGGUGUGGUCAGACAAUGGAGGAGUCAUCUGAUGUUGUAGAAGUCAUAGUUAUACCUGAUGAUCCUCCUUCAUCACAAGACAUUACUGUUCCGUCUGUGUCAUCCACAUUGUCUUCUUGUUCUUCGUCAUCAGCUUCAAGAGUAACUGAAAAUUCACAGUCACUUGCAGUGCACUUUGACUCUAGAACUUACCCCACAGACUGUCACAUAAAAUCUGGUGUGAACAAACCUCCACAGCUACCUAUGGACAAUAGGAGGGAGACUCAGACAGCAGGGGAGUCAACUGUCAACACUUCUACUGCAAUAUUCAGACCUUCGAAUGUACCAGCUUUUCCAUCAUCACAAGCACCAAGUACUCUGACACAAUCAACAUACCCAAUGCCCAGAGGGUCUGCAGCUUCUUUACCAGCAAAUGUGGUGAGAAUUUUACUCUUGCAUGUUGUAUUUUGA